AUGUCUGUGGUGCAGUUGCUAAAUGAAAAAGGUCAUGAGAUUAUGGCUCUCCGUUAUACGACAGUCGCUGCUUUGGCCCUUUUGGCAUACGAGUGUCUGAUAACUAUUGAGGCAGAAACAGCCCUCAUAUGGCCAUCUCGGCUGUCGUUGCCUAAAGUGCUAUUUCUCGUGAAUCGAUACGUGUCAAUAGCUACUGGAAUAGUUACCAUGUAUAGUAGGUUUUUUGAAAUGGGCAUUUUCUACUCGUAUCUUGACGCGCUUCAGUCCUUGUUCCAGACACGGAUUACGGCGUAUGUCACGGCAGAACUCAACUUUACAUGGGUCUUAUUCUACCUCUCUUUCAAGAAAUGCAAAACACUCUUCAUUGUUUCUGGUGCUCUUGCGUGUUCCUGUUACGUUUUCGCAGAAGCUACACUCUUUGUUCGAGCAUAUGCGGUAUGGGGACGCAAGUUAUCGCUACUAGUUUUCCUGUCGGUCGUCCUUGCAGUCAGCGCAGUUGGAGUGUAUUAUGCGACUGUGCAGUUUCUCCUUUCUACAGAGCCCUCUCCUCUCCGUGUAUUCCACUCUGGUUGUCUUCUGGUGACGUCGAACCGUAUUGAAUGGAUUUCACUCAUUAUCCUCGACUGGCAGAAUGACAGUCCACGAGAAGAAAUGCUCGCUGAUACGACUGCAAAAUCACAGAUUGCGAGCCCCGGUAUUUGGUGGAAGAUCAUGUCGCAGUUACCCAUACGAGUUAUAUCCUCAUCUUGCGUGAAAAAUGCUUUAUACAAAGAUGCGUAA